GUAGUUAUAUACAUGCCGCGUUCAACCACUUUUAGCGACUCGGACAUGURGAGUUUCUUAGUUCCGACUAGCACAUGAACGCGGCAUACGACUCAAGCCCUGAGUCAAGGCAAGCACGUAACGUUAUAGUGUUGGCAAGUCUAACAUUUCAGUAUUUUAGGGAUCAAAUCAACUAAAGAAGUCGACAAUGGAUGAUCGUGAGCUUGAUCUCAGAGUCACAGAAAGCUACCAAGUCACAAUACCCGGCGAUCAACAAGAAGUAUGAAUGUGAUGACAUGGAAUCUCUUCCACUUCCUUGAUGACUGGUUAUUCAAAUUCAGUGCAGAUCUUUUCUUAAUUCCCAGAGAAGUAAGAGUUUUGCACAUUGACAGGAUGCACUUUAAAAUCCGCUCUAUUGGGUGGGGAGAAGAGUUCAGCUUGGUCAAGCAUCCACAGGGGACAGAGGUGAAGGCCAUCACUUACUCAGCCAUGCAGGUCCAUGACAUCGACAAGCCAGAGAUCUUUGCCAUCAUCGAUAUCUGAGGAUUUUCUACAGAGGAACUGUCUCCGAAGGGAACAGGACUAUCAGAGCAUGCCUGUGUGAAUGGACAUUGGAUUAAGGGCAACAGCAUAGGUUUUGAUCAUGAGCUUGUGAAGUGUGAUGUUUUCCCCGUCAGGAAGCAAACCUGGUCCUAAUACAUGCUGUUUAUAGCUGCUAAGAGUAAUKUGGCUGUCUGACUAGAGUUUACUGAGGAAUGCCAAUAAUUAAGAUUUGUUAUAAUUUUUAUGUAUCACAAAUUAAUCUCAGAAUUUUCAAGACGAGACAGAAUCAUCACACAAAAUCCAGUUUGCCUACUACUAGGGAACUUAAACAUGAACGUAUACCCCUUCUUGUUGACUAAUACAUAUUUUUGGUAUUAUGUACUGUGUUUUUUACAGGUUUAUAUUUAUUUUAAGCAUUUCAAUUGCCACCUCAGUGAUACAGAUACUUAAAGGAUUCAUGCUGGGCACUACUCAUUGUAAAUAGUCAAAUCACAAGUGAUCUUUGGAUACUUUAGUUAAAUAAGUGUAUCUGUUUGCAAUUAGUUUUGUAAUAAAAAUAUUUUCCACACUA